CAUAGCAUCUAGGAUAAGGUUUUUUAAUAAGCGAAUAAAAAGUAUAUUCCAAAUCAAUGAUAGAUUCAUUACACUAUUGUUCCAGGCAAGAGGGGAGAGGAAAGAAAUAAAGUCUAAAUUUAGCUAAGGUACACCUUUCUACAAGUUGGUUCUUAGAAGAAUCGGCUUAGCUGACCAACAGCUAAUGUCUAGCUGCCAGCGUGAAUUGGAAGUCGCUUGCUAGAACUCACUGCUAACAGAACAAAGGUGCUGUGUUGUCAGGUAUGAUGAUUUCCUACAUGGGGCUGCCGCAUGGUUUUCACUAUUGUUAGCAAGGAGUAAGUAGCUUGCUAGGGCUGGAGCUAAUGCCCCGAAGUCCCUGGAGAGCUAUAUAGAUGAACAAACAGUUGUUUUGCCCAAAUCAAACACUCUUUAUAAGUACUUAUAAAUUCUUGGUAUUUAAAGUUUAAAUGCCUGGUACAUCAUUGUUGGUCCUCCAUGCGUUCGUAUCAAUAAGCACUCAGUAGCCCAAUUUUGAUGAUAUCACCCUCCUCCACAAUAUAAACAAAUGUAACCUUAGAUCUGAACAACUUCACUUAAGCCAUAAUCAGGUUAGGAUUUGAAAUCAUAACAAACCAAUAUACAAUUCCUUUUUAAAAAACAUACUCAAAGUUUGAUAAGAUCCUGUAUACAUACAUUUAUUUGCUACUGAAAACAGCAUUUCAAAUUUUUGAAAACUAUAAUUCUUCCUGUCCUCACAAGGCUCUAGCCAAACCACCAGGUAUUUUCUUUAUAUUUCUUCUGCAUAAGUUAGUUGGCUUCAAAUUCUUGAUGUUGGAUUUUAUCUUACUGGUUUAAGGCUUCUAAGACACAGGGGUAACCCUAGAGAAUUAUUAGUGCUGCUUUGGAACUAAAAUUAAAAGGUGAACUAAAGUACAGUGAAGUCAUUCAAAUGCAAACUGCAUAGAUUCCUUAUAAAUUACUGGUAUCAAGAUAGAAAGAUGCAAGAAAAAGACAUCACAGAACUUAGAUCUAAAUACUGGUAUACAGUCUGUCCUAGCAGAGUAGCCUAGCCAAGCUGCUGCAUAAUGAUCCUAAAAUUACUACAAAGAAAAACAGUAUGAGAAUAAGGUUUACAGCUAAAUCGACUCUUGUCAUCAUAAUUAUUCUCUAUGCUGUAAUUUUCUCUGUGCUAGUAUCCUCAGAAAGAUCUCUAUGAUACAGGCAAUAAUGACAGCUAUCUCUAAACCUUUCCACCUUCGAUUCAACCUCAACUGCCUUCUGCUUUUCUUCUCUUCGCAUCUAGGAAAGCUGUUUGAAGUAGUGGUAUUUAAUAAUCUGUAUCAUCCUUUCCAUCCUUUCUUUCCGAGCUGUUAACAGUGUCCUUAUUCCAUGCCUCCUCUUGUAUAGCAUGCCUUCUCCAAACCUCUGAAUGUUUUCUUGGUCCUGCUGUUGGGGCAGAUAUUCUGGUACAAGGGAAGAGAAUUUUGUACUAGGGUUGGGAGUCAAAUUACCAAGGUACUUUAUCAAUAUGUCUGAGAUAGAUUGAGAGGCAGAUGAACUCCCUGGGAAUUUUCUUCACCAGGCAUCUCCGGGGUCCAGUUUGGGUUAAACUUUGAAUAGUCCAUCAGACUUCUAGACACAGCUUGCAGCUCUUCCUAGAUCUCUGGUUUGCAGUGGAAGGUGAUGCUCAAGCCUCAAAUGCUACAAAGUAGUCUGGAAAGAACUAUAUAGCCCAGAAAGAGCCAAAAAAACCCCAAACCCUCAACAAACCGUGGUGAGAGAAAGAACUAAUCUCACAAUACCUUUUUUUCAAUUUGAGUAUCACUAAGAUUACUUCUGCUCCUCAGAGCCUGACUCCAAUAUUCCCCCCUCCCUGACUUCCAUGUGAUAAUUCUUCCCAUACAGGUCAUGUAAUAAUUUUGUAAAGAAGGGACCAUUCCCAUUUUAUACAUUCAGAAUCUGAAGCACAGAAGGAUGAAGUAACCAGAUCCAGUAAGUACCAUCGGAAUGAAAAUGAGAAUCACUCUCUCAGAGGGGAAUGGCUUCCAAUCCUCUUCAGUAAAGUGUGUGAAGAGCCCUCCAUGGAGACGGAGGAGGGAGACUGCCUGUCUGGAAAGGAUCCAUCACCAAAACCUGCAGAACUAGUCACAGUGACACACCUUGGGCCUGGGAGCCUCUGGGCUAACUUCAGGAAAGCUGAAACAAUCCCAGGUCAGGGUACAAGAGAGGCCGAAUUCCAGGGACUGGGCAAGUUCAGGGAAGUAAUGGCUUCAGGGUACAUUUAUUUAGUGGGCUACAAGCAGGAACCUUUAUCCUUCAUAUUUUGGCUGUUUCCUUGGGGGAAUCGCUGGAAUUGAGCCAGGCCUCUGUUAGUAAAUCAUUGGAUCUCAUCCCACAUUGCAUUUGUGUAAUGCCUAACAAAGCCUGUUCCCAUUAUCUUAUUUGAUCCCAACAACAAUCCUCAGAGGGAGGCAGGACAGAGUAUUUUUUCCAUUUUACAAGUGUAAACACUUGUAAACUGAUUUGCCAGGAGCCACACACUCAAGAAGAGGCAGGAAUGAGACUAGAAUCUAGGUCUCUGUACAACCUGUUCAGGGUUCUUUCAACUCUAUACAACAGACUGAGCAAAAUUUUCGCAGCCCCACCCAUUCCUCUCAUUUUAACCAGCAAGUGGGAGCUUCCCAGGACAGAGCUUGUGUUUACACUGCCCACACACCUCUGUCCUAAUGAUGAAAUAACAGCCCUGACUGACAAAGUCGCUGGGGAAAAAAAAUUGUUUGUAUUGUCUCCCUGCACCAAAGACCGAAAUUAAUCCCAGACGGAUUUGAAAAAAAUCAAGGCAUUAGAAAAAUCUAAGGAAAAUAGAACUGAAUAUUUAAUAACUUUCUAGUAUCAAGAAGACUCUUAACUUCAGCACUGUUAGAAGUCUCAAAGGAAGGGAUUUUGUAGAUUUGACUACAUUAAAAUUUAUGAAAGGGUUAAAGCAGUCAUGAAAAUACAUAUGAAAAACUGAGGAAUAAAAACUUACUGGGAAAUAAUUCACAAAAAAGGAAGUGCAGUUAGUUAACAUAUAUUUAGAAAAACUGCUCUAAUUAAAACCAAAGAUGAAAACUGAAAGAUGUCAAUUUUGCCUAUGAAAUAAAAAAAUUUAAAUACUCAAAAUAUUAGUGAAGUUGCAAUGAAUAAUGUAUGCUCACAUGCUAAUGAUGGGAGAGUAAAUUUACCCAGCUCUUGUAAAACAAUUUGGUAAAUUUAUCAGGAACCUUAAAAUAUCCAUAUUCUUUGACCUGAAAUUCAGCUGGACUGCUGGGGAAUAUGUCCUUAGGAAAAAAUCAACAUGGAAAAAUUCCUACACACAAAAAUGUUAAGUCACACACAACGGUGAAAUUAGGUAAACAGCAAACGCUAAAGGAAUUAAUAGUUUAUGGUACAGCCACUUGAUGGAAAUUUAUGUAAUAUACGUUUUCAAAGUUAUGCAACAGCGUGAACACCGUUUAGUGUAAUGUGAAGUGGGAAAGUGUAAUAUUGUUUGUACAAUAUACUUUCAAAGAGAAAGGCUGUAAAGGAAAAACUUUUUAAAUGUGCAGUAUGUUUGAGUCCUAUGAUUAUGAGAUGUUUUCCACUGCCGCUUCAUGUCUAUUUGAACUUUUUUUUUUUAUAUAAAUGAACGAAGUCAACUCUUCUGCGGUGCGGUGGUGCGUCCGUCUUACGCUGUGCCUGGGGACUGGAGCACUGGGAGGAAGGGAAAGGCUCUAAGGACCCGACCUCAGAACGAUUCUGCCCUGCUCUGCAAUGGGCCCUCUGCACCCCAGCUUCCCCACUCUUUUUCCGCCGCCCACCACUCGGAAACCCCACGGCGGCGCCCAGCUGUCGGGCUCCACUCCCGGGUGCGGACCCCUACGGGUGCGCUGGGAGACCGCCCGCCCAAGAGUUGCCGACACGUGGGGAGGGAGGGAGCGUCCGAGGAGGAGGGCUUGGGUGUGUGCUUGCCAGUGGGAGAAACCAACCCAGGGCACCUCGGUGUCACCUUUUUCUUGUGCUGCUUUGCGGCCCAGGGGAGUAAGAAGCUCUCCCCACGCCCGGCUCCUCUUACAGGCAGGUACCGAGAGAUUAAACACAGGAAGGCUCUGGGCGCGACCCGCGCUGGUCGCACGUACCCGCGCCCCAGCUCCUCGUCGCUCCGCCGCCCCGGCCCCGGCGCGGUGGUAGGACCCGGCGGCGACGUCACCCAUUGUUUACAAAUCAACCCGAGCCGGUAGGACUCCGGCUCCCGCGGCUGCAGGCGCGCGGCGCGACUACCCGGUGGGCUCCGGCUUCUGCGUCCGCCCGGCCCCGGCCUCGGCCCCGACCCCGGCCCGGCCUCAGCGUCGCGCCCCACCGAGCCCCGCGAGCAGCCGAGCCGCCAGCGACACCCGCAGAGCCCCGGGUGCCCGGGAGGGGGGCCAUGCCGUGCCGGAGGGAGGAGGAAGAGGAAGCCGGCGAGGAAGCGGAGGGGGAGGAAGAGGAGGAGGACGGCGGCUUUCUCUUGCUGGAGCAGUCGGUGACGCUGGGCGGCUCGUGCGAGGUGGACCGGCUGGUGGCCCAGAUCGGCGAGACGCUGCAGCUGGACGCGGCUCAGGAUAGCCCGGCCUCCCAGGGCGCGCCCUCGGUGCCGCCGCUGCGGCCCCCGCGACCCCCGGCGGCGGUGCGGGCGGACAAGGCCCGGACUCCUGCGUUGCCGCUGCUUGUGCCUCCCGCGCCGGCCGAGGCGGUGGGUCCGGCGCCCCCGGGAGCCCUGCGCUGCGCCCUGGGGGACCGCGGCCGCGUGCGGGGCCGGGCUGCGCCCUACUUUGUGGCUGAGCUCGCCCCAGGCCUCAGCGCCCUUCCCAGGCCGUGUCGGCGAGGAUGGCUGCGGGGCAACGUCACUUCGCGCCGCCUGCAGCAGCGACGAUGGCCCCCAGCCGGGGCGCGCGCCCGGGAUGACGACCCUCACCGGCUCCUACAGCAGCUAGUGCUCUCGGGGAACCUCAUAAAGGAGGCGGUGCGGAGGCUUCAGAGAGCCGUCGCCGCGGUUGCAGUCACGGGCCCCACGGGCGUCCCUGGACCCGGAGGCGGCCGCAGCGGACCGGAUUCCGUCGCCCUGCAGCCUUCUGGCACCUUGUACUGACCUGGGGGCCUUGGAAGAGGAAGAGGAGGUCUCUGCGCAUACUCAACAGCCUCCUGUCACCAUCCCUGAGCUGAAGCCGCCGUCGUGAUCGGGGAGCGACCGCCUAGGCUGCUGGGAGGCGCGUGCGGAGAGCUCCCAAGCGAGGGUACCAGCCCCGGUGAGGCUGCCGGAGAACACUUGAGCAUGGGGGAAAAUGCACGGGCCAAAGCUUGUCCGCGGCGCGUGAGAAUUAUCUCGGCCACCUCGGGGCCAAGGACCUGGGAUAAACUGGGAGAACUAUGGCAGCUACUUGCAUUGACUUGUACCUGAUUGAACCCUUGGGGGCGUCGUGUGCUUGGAUUAUUUAAAGAUAGGGCUCCAAGGGGCGAGAAUCGCGAGGGCUUUAUAACAAUACUUGAAAACUAAUGGCACGCAUACAUUUUCUUUAUUUUCCGGUGGAGGAGCUCGGUGAAAAUGGUGCUACAACUGCUGUGCAAAGAACUUCGGGAGGGAAAAAGAAAGUAAAACCGUGGUGGUUGGUGGGUUAGCAUCGCUCCCUCCUUUCCCCCACCCAACAGGUGUGGAGGCCGGAGAUGUGAACUUCAUUAAGGGGUCAGAGGAAAGUGGAGAAUUUUAAAUGACAACCUUGUCAGCUGUGGUUCAAAGUCAAGAUUUGCUGUACCUGAAAGGCUGUGGGGGUUCCUGGGAGAGCUACAGUAGUAUUUUCUUCAUUUUGCUUCAAGAAGAGCCCUGUCUGCUUUGCUACCUCUUGGAGUUUCCCAAGGAUGCACAGGCAGAUAGGGUCGUGUGGGGAGAUUUAUUUGUUUUUUUCUGUGCUUUCCAUAACUACUACUUUUCCUCUGCCCCUGAGGCCACUCUUGGUUGUGCCUUGAGCUUUCUCAGAAACAGCAGUAAACAAUCCCUUGAGUUUCUCCUGUUCUCCCAGCUGGCCUUUCUUAUUCCACCUCUUUGGUGUCUGCAUGGGAUUGGAUGAGCCCCCGGGGCUGUUUCUUAUGCUCUGUCCUGGCUCUCUGUGGAGCCAGGGCCCUGAGUCUCCAAGGAUCCUCACCUCUCACAGCUCUUCUUUGUGAAUGACUGGAAGCCGUGUUUAAAAUGUGAGUCUCGGAGAGGAGAAACCUCUGGCUUUACUUGUGAAAACUUGAUGGUGCUUUAAGGAAGGUGCCACCCUCAAACUUUAAGGUAGCUAAACCAAUUUUUUAAAAAAGAUUCAAUGGCUUGUUCAUCCUCCAGAUGUAGCUGUUGAUGUACACUUCGCACCGGAGUGUUUGAAAUUGUGGUGGUCCUGAUUUAUAGGAUUUCUUAAUUAAAAUGUCUGCUGAAUAAAUUCUGUUUUUGUUUUGGAGCAUAGUUUGGCUUUUUGGUGGAAGGUGGGGAAAAGAAAAGGAGGGUAACUUAAUAAUGAAGCAUGCACUUCGAGAGACCUAGGCAAAUGGUUGGAGCCAGUUUGCUCAGCAGAAUCCUGACAGAGCUGUAGGAUUUGAGUACUUCUGGGUUGAUGUUCUACAAGAUCAAACAAUUAAGUCCAGGUUUUUUAAAGCUACUAGAUGGGCUUCCACUCCUUUUGUGGAAUAAGAACAUAUUCCAGAAAUGUUUUCUAGACCAGAGGGCAGAAGCCAAGUGACCUGUUGUGUCUGGUGGGGGUGGAUGGAGGUGAGUUUUCCUCUGGAUUCUGUGUGUGUGAAGAAUGGGGAGGGCACAGGCAAAGCCAGCCUGAUUUCUCCUUUGAGACCCAAUCUUGAGCAGUGACCUAAGGAAAGGAAAAUGGCUUUACAGCAAUAUAUCCAUCAUUUGUAAACGGCUUGCUUUGAGCAGGCAUGGGUUAGAUUAACCAAAGUUACCCCUUAUUCAGUCCUCAGCCCCAUCUUACUCGGGUAUGGAACCUUGCUGAGCCCCUUCCUAUUUAGAAGCCUUUCUUGGUAUAGCCCAGCUCUGCUAACCAGCCCUCCUUGGGGACCUCUCCUGCUCAGCACCUCCUCCUCCCUUGCCUGCCCAGCACUCUCCCACUAUGGGGCUGUAGGGACUGCUAGUGACUCAGUUUGACUCAACCCUCCUGCUUACCAGCUGUGUCACAGUGGUCAGAUCAUGGUUCUGUGCUUUUCCCGUCUCUAGUCAAUAAUACUUAAUAGGGUAGUUGGGAGGGUUAAACAAGGACCUGAAGUGCCUGGAACACUUAAGUGCUCAAAAAAUGAUAGCUGCUAAUAAUUCUUGGCACCACCACUGUCCCCUCUUUCAAGGAGCCCUGGGAGUGAGGCAAGGUUUGACAUCUUGUGGAAGAACCGACAAGCAGCUUUGGGGCCAUAAGAUUGCAUAAGGGAGGCACAGACAACAAGUGGUUUAUGGCUGCUGCUUUUAGAAGCUUGAAUUGUCUGUAAGAUGAGGGCAUGGGGCCAAGAUGGUGAGGUCUUGCCCUGUGCAGAUUUCCGGUGGGUCUGCACCAUGGCCAGAACAGCCCUGAGGAAUGAAGCAUGGUGACCGCAGACAAGGAGAGAAAAUCUACAGGACCUGAGAAGCAAGGUGGAGGGAGGAGGGAAAGGGAACUGAGCCCUGCAUAUGGGCAGGCACUCUGGUAGGCACCUUUUAUAAGAUGUUACUUCCCUCUUUACAAUGGGAAGAGGAAGGACUUGGUGGUGGUAGAGCCAGAUCUGACCUCAUCUUAAGUCAAUCCUCUUGCCUUCUGUCCGAGUUUACUCAAACCUUUCCUCAUGAACCUCAGCCUCUGCCACUGAUCCAGUUAUUUGCAAAGGUUGUAGAGAGCCUGGGCCUGGGAAAGCUGCUCAAGGAAGCAAUGGCCAUUUCCACCACACACGUGAUGUGGUGGAGACCAUUUCUACUACUCGGCCCAGGAAUGAUUGUUGCUGGGAUAUCUUCAGUCCCUUGGAGUUGUUGGGCACAGAAUCAAGGGUGUAGGAGCAGGCAGCAUUGAGAAAACUGUCUUCUAAAGGGGCCAAGGCCUAGGUUUCCCUGGUAACAUUCUCCAAGUCUUAAGCCCAGAAGGAUCAGAACAAUAGGGAAGUGGCAAGGAGAAGCUGGUUGUGUGAGUAUGUGUGUGUAUGUGUGUGUGUUGAGGGAGGCUGAUCAGAAGUUUCAUAUGGGAAGUUAUAGGGACAGCACUCUGCUGCCUCAUAAAUGACUAGGAGCUGGAGAGAGAUCAGAGCUCAAGAUAAAGAUUUGGCAGUUACUGCUAAGGGGUGGAUGGAGCCUGGGAGUUUCUGUCAGUUGGGAAGUAUUAAUAAUACUAGCUAAUGUACAUAGUGUUUACACAUGCCAGGCUUUGUUCUAAGCACUUUACAAAGACCAACUCAUCAAAUCUCUGUGGGAGGAAGAGUAAAUAAAAGGAGCAGAGAGAAAGUAAGAGUAGAACCAAGAGAAAAGCCCAAGGAGGCUGAAGGGCGAGUAAGAGAUUAGUGGGUAUGUGAGUGUGUCUACACACGUGCCCAGGUACCCACAUAUGAACAGCUGGACCAGUGUUAUCUCUGCAUAAUCCUCUGUCAUCAGGUCCAGGGUAUAUGGAAUCUGAUCUUGCUCAGUGACUUUCACUAUCUUUUUUGAACCCUGAAGUUAAUCCAAUUUCACUUCAUCAGCACCAUUAAAUAGUGUAUUUUGAACAUCUGCACUGUGAGUUCUUCCCCUCCGUAGCCCAGCUGAAGAAAAGUCUAUUUGUGGUACAUCUGGAGAAAGGUGACUAUGACUCCUGCGUCUGGGGAAGACCUUCAAGAAAGCCUAGGAAACCAUUUUUUCACCUAUGUUAGGCUGUGGAAUCUGAUUUAGACA